CAAUGGUCCUAUACACUUCACUCAUUCUCUGUCAUUCAUAUUGAAAUGUCCCUAUUGGUUACAGCCUAUAAUUGGUGAAUGAUUUUUGUGAUAGAAAAGUUGUGCCCUGUUUUGCAUACUCUCAGUGUAUUGAGAAAUGUUUUGUAUGUGAAAAAGGAUUAAAAAUAAGCACUUGGUCUUUAAUUUCCAGAAUGAACAUUUCUGUCCCUAAAGUAAAGACUUGCUGUUUUUUCUGCUCUUUACGAAAUGGAACAAAAUUCUUUGGGUGGUUUUACCUCGUAUCAUGUCUGUUUGGAAUAUUGGGAGAAGUUUAUCUGUUCUCAUUUUAUUUGGCUCAUUCCACUAAUUUUUGGUUAAGGACCAUUAUGUUCACCGACAUCCUGCUCAAGUCGAUGCAAGCAACAUUUUCAUUGUUCCUGCUUCUUGGAGCAUACCAAAAACAGGCGAGAUACAUCCUAUGGUGGGUGAUCUCCAACUCAGUCCUCACAUUACUUGGUAUCAUCGGCUUGACUAUGCUGCUAGUAACACUUCACGUCAUCACAUCUACCGUUGUUUUCUACGUCUUCUCCAACCUUGUCGACAUCUACAGUAUUCUAGUAGUCUACAGCUAUUACUACGAAAUAUCAGAGAACCUUCCAGUAUGAUUUUAAUAUUAUUUAUACAUGAACUGAGUGAUACUGUUUUUGUAAUUGUAGUGUUUAAAAAUUGUAUUUUUGUUACAAUAAAACUUUUAUAUUUAAAUAUUA